CAAAACAAUCUGUUUCAGCCAACCCAGCACCACAUUAUCGUCCUCCAAUAUCAGCUCUCCCUCUGGCAUAUAAAUAUGCAGCCACUAUACCAAAGAUUCAAGGCUCAACAUUAGACUUCAGAAUCACUCUUCAAAGUCCUUCCCCGUCAUGAACUCUGCAACAAUUUUGCUCCAAUGGCUUCCACUCUUCUUCCUUCUCUUCUCAACCUCUGUUUCAUCGUCCCCGCAUAAGAUCCCAAAGCUCAGUCCGCUGCUAGAGACAAUCCUGGCUAGCACCAAACCGGGGUCUCUUUCCGAUGAUUUCAAGACUUUCUUCUACAAUCAGACACUGGAUCACUUCAACUACAGGCCUGAAAGCUAUGCCAUUUUCCAGCAGAGAUAUGUGAUCAAUUUCAAGCACUGGGGUGGUGCAAAUACAAGCUCUCCAAUCUUGGCUUACCUUGGUGCGGAGGCUCCACUAGACGGCGAUCUAACCGGUGUUGGAUUUCUCACUGAGAACGCCCCAAGAUUCAACGCUCUCCAAGUUUACAUAGAGCAUCGGUACUACGGGAAAUCGAUUCCAUUUGGGACGCUGGAAGAAGCUUUGAAGAAUGCCAGCUUGCGUGGCUAUUUCAAUUCAGCUCAGGCCAUAGCAGACUAUGCAGAGCUGCUGCUAUACCUCAAGAAGAAUUUGACUGCUCAGCAUUCUCCAGUUAUUGUCGUGGGAGGAUCUUAUGGGGGAAUGCUUGCUUCGUGGUUUCGGCUCAAGUAUCCCCACAUUGCACUUGGAGCUCUGGCCUCAUCAGCCCCCAUCCUUUACUUCGACCACAUCACCCCACAAAACGGAUACUAUUCCAUUGUCACCAAGGAUUUCAAGGAAGAAAGUGAGAGCUGCUACAGGGCAAUACGCGAAUCAUGGGCUGAAAUCGAUCUAGUUGCUUCCCAGCCUGACGGUCUCUCAAUCCUGAGCCAUCAAUUCAAUACUUGCGCGCAGCUGAACAAGCCUUCUGAGCUCAAGGACUACUUGGACUCGGUCUAUUCCACUGCAGCUCAAUAUAACCAUCCACCAAAUUACCCAGUUACUCAAAUCUGUGGAGGCAUAGAUGGGGCACCAAAAGGAAGCCAUCUUCUCAGUAAAAUUUUUGCCGGCCUUGUUGCCUACAAAGGCAAGAAGCCAUGCUAUGACACAGACCAGUACAAUUAUCCCACAGAAACAAAUAUAGGAUAUGGAUGGCAAAGAUGCAGUGAGAUGGUGAUGCCAAUUGGCCGGGGCAGCAACGACACAAUGUUCCCACCGGCGCCUUUCGAUCUGGGCAACUUCACAAAGGACUGCAAGACCCAGUAUGGUGUGUCACCAAGGCCCCAUUGGGUCACAACUUACUAUGGAGGCCAUGAUAUAAAGACUGUUCUUAACAAAUUUGCCAGCAACAUCAUCUUCUCCAAUGGACUCAGAGAUCCUUACAGUAGUGGAGGGGUACUGGAAAAUAUAUCAGAGACUGUUCUUGCUGUUUAUACAGUUAAUGGAUCCCAUUGCUUGGAUAUUAUCCUAGAGAAGCAAAGUGACCCAGAAUGGUUAAUACAGCAGAGGAGCACAGAAGUCCAGAUCAUUGAAGGAUGGAUCGCAAAGUACUAUGCUGAUCUUCUUUUGUUGAAAAAAUGAAAGGAUAAUAUAUAGAGAUAAGUCCGAAUUAAAUUAAAUAAUUGUUUUGAAGAUCAAAACUAUAUUUAAUCAUAACCCACCAUUAUUCUACUAAA